UUCAAUAGAAAAUUGUAGUAAGUAAAAGCGGAACUUCAUUUGGUUAAAGUGAACUGGUCAAAUAGAUUUGUACCAACAGAAUUACAAAUGGCUCUUCUCAUUCAUCUUCUCGGGAUUUGCGUGCUGAUUUCCUUAAAUUGUCUGGCAAAACAGAACUGUACAGUUAAUCACGAAUGGAAAAAGGCUAGAGAAGAAUGUGAAAAGGAGAUGGACAAAACUGAUGAUUGCUUCUGGAAUUGUGUCCAGGGAGAACUCGGAGGUUUGGACGAUUCAGGGCGCCCUUCGCUAGAAAAGCUUUCGGAAGCUGUUGCAAAAGUAAUAAAAGAGCCGGAUGUGGUCGAGGCUUUGCGAAAAAGUCAUGAGGAGUGCAUAUCGCAAUUUAAUGAUACAAUGACGCCAUGCGAGGAAUCGAAACUGCUGAACGUAUGCAGUUGGGGUGAUGCCGAACUCCAACAAGCACUUCAGGGCGCGAAUUAUUGCGUAUAUAAUCCUGCAAAUCCGUCUUAACAAAAAUAUUUAUAAAUUAUUUUAUUCGCCCAGAAAAACAUUACUAUUGACUGCGAGAUAAAUACAGGUAACAAUUAUCAUAAAAAAAUUGAAUUUUGGGAAGUGUCUGCUGGGGCAUUCGUCCCCCAAAAAUUGUAGUCCAACCCCUGGAGCUGAAGUGAAAUAAAAAUUUGUUUGUUGCUAAA